UGGUACAGUCUGUCGACGUCCUGCGCGGGAGCGGAAAACGUGCAUCUGAGUGUUGGGGGGAAAGGAGCGUUGUGUUUUCCUGCUUGGUAAUACGUUCAGCAUGACUCGAGAUUGGAACCCUGGCGAUCUGAUCUUUGCCAAGAUGAAGGGCUAUCCACACUGGCCUGCCAGGAUUGAUGAAGUCCCAGACGGUGCUGUGAAGCCAUCCAAUAUCAAGUUCCCCAUCUUCUUCUUUGGCACCCAUGAAACAGCAUUUCUUGGCCCAAAAGAUAUCUUUCCGUACCAGCUCAACAAAGAGAAGUAUGCCAAGCCCAACAAGAGGAAAGGCUUCAAUGAAGGAUUGUGGGAGGUUGAGAACAACCCAAAAGUUGAGCUCACUGCACCCAAGCCGCUGCCCUUUGAAUCUUUCACUGGAAAGGAUUCGGACAGCAGCCCAGAGGGAGAAGAGGAAUCUGAUGACAAGGGGAUGAAACCCAAAGUUCCAGGAAGUGAGGCUGAGCAGGAGAAUGAGAAUGAUGAUGAGGAGGAGGAGGAGGAGGAGGAGGAAGGGUCUCUGAUCUCUGAGCAGGGUCCUCAGAACCAGGAUGGCUCGGCAAAGAAAGAAUCUACCGCUGUUCCUAAACCCAAGAGAGGGAGAAAGAAAAAGAGUGAUGCUGAGCAGGAGACUGAAAAACACGAUGCUCCUGUUAGUCCUGUUAGUCCCUCAGGUGCAGAAGUUCCUAAACGAAGAGGCAGGAAACCCAAAAGUGAGAAGUUACUUUUGCUCCAGCAGGACCAGCAAGGCUCAGGAAGUGAAAUGGACACUGCCGAGUCAGAGAGAAAGAGAAAGAGGGCAGCAGAGGACAAGUCCAAGAGUGGAGACGAGGAGAAGAGAAAGAAGGAGGACAGCAAAGGAAAGGAAGCAGAGGUGAAGGAGCCUGAAGCCAAGAAGAAGAAGAAGGACGACAGCUCCUCAGGCUCUGACGAUGAAGAGAAAAACAAAGGCAGAAAGAAACACCAAAACUCCGAAAUGGACAAAGAUGUGCGGCGACGGAAAGCCGAUGAAUUAAGAGAGCCAAACAAAGAUGAUGGGAAGAAAAAUGAGGAGAGGACAGGAGUCAAGAAAAAGGAAAUGUCAACUGAGUUGAAGCUCCAGAGACUCCACAGUGAAAUCAAGAUCUCACUGAAAAUAGACAACCCUGAUGUGAAGAAGUGCUUGGACGCAUUAGACGACAUCGGUGCGCUUCAAGUGACAACCCAGCACCUGCAGAAGCACAGUGAACUCAUCGCCACCCUCAAGAAGAUCCGCAGAUUCAAGGCCAGCCAGGACAUCAUGGACAAGGCCACCAUGUUGUACAACAAGUUCAAGAGCAUGUUUCUGGUUGGAGAAGGCGACUGUGUGCUCAGCCAGGUGCUCAACAAGUCUUUAGCUGAACAACGGCAGCACGAGGAGGCCAAGAAAGGAGCACUGAAGAGAGUGGAGCAAGCCAAGGAAAACAACUCGGACAAGAUGACAAAUGGUGAUAUCGGCCCCGAAGAGAAGAGGCAGGACGCGGAGAGAGAGAGGCCUCUUGAGGACACCUCGGUGGGAGAAAAUCACAGUGCCCCAAAAGCUCAGGAAGAGUCCGCUUGAGUGUCCUACGUGCCCGGAGGAAAGAAGACAUUUGCUGCUUUGUUCAAACCGGGCUGACCAACGGUUCAGCUCCUUUUGAUGACUGAUAGUGAUCACUGGUUUCCACUCCCCAGAUAGACCGACUGCCUUUUUUAUUUUUACUUUGUGUCUUUAAAAAGGUAAAUAUUACACAAUCUGUCACACCUGUUGAAUUUGAGUAAUGACUGUGUAGAGAGUUAGAAAUAAAUCUGCAGCACUUUGACCUUAGAGACAUGAUUAGUACCAACUGGUCCUAUUUCUCACUGGUGGAGUAGAUGGCUUUUCAUGUCCUCGAUCAUUGCAUAUGCAUUUAAAUAGUUUGACAUUAAGAGAAUCUACAGUUCGAUCUUAACUUCACUUAGUGUAUUGAAGUACAGAUGCUUAGUUUUAGUUAGAAGUGCCAUUCCCGUGUUCAAUAAUAUUGGCUACAUUAACAUUUUUAAAGAUUUCUAGUUUGCCAAAGUUUUCUCAAACAUGUUCAAGUGUCUUGUUUUAAAAGUUUCAUUUUUAACGUAGAUGUAAAUAAGAGUAUUUUUGUGCCCGUCUGUUCCAGCAUCCAAUAAAAAAGUAGUGCAGAAAAUAAUCCUUGUCUUUUUAAUCUUAUAUUCUCAAUGAUUGCAUGAAGAUCAUGUGGCAAUCUUAAACAUUGCUGUUGUGGUUGUACAGAACAACUCAAAGAUCUUUCUCUAUUGAUGAAAUUAGAUUUUUAACUACCGGGGUUAUUGCUGUUAUGUUGCUAUUGCUAUCAAGUUGUAUUUGUUCCUUUAGGUUACUAGAAAUGGAUUUCCUCAAUGAGCUUCUUGGGAUGAUCGGUUCACAAGUCUUCUGUAUGUUUGUGCUAUUCUCACAGGUUUGAAGUGAGUGGUAACCAGUCAUAAAUGUGCAUCAAAAUCUGACUGUUGGUGCCAAGUCACUAUCAAACCAUACCAAAACAGUCUUGAUGAAGCAUACAAGCUGAAUAUUUGACGGUUAAACUAAAUAUAACUAAGAAUAUUUUUUCCAAGAUUUGUGCGUUUAAUGAAUAUUUAAAAAUGAACAUUAAACACUUUCCAAUAAAUGUUAGUUGAUUUCAAACAGUCAGUAAAAAUGUAAGCAUUAUUGUGCAAAAACGUGUUUAUUUUGAAACAAUAUAUACAUUUCUCUUUGAGAUAUAAAACAUUGCAGUCUAUUACGCAGCAUAAAUAAGUGAUCUGAUCCAAAGAAAAUAAAUUAGUUGAAUGCACCACGGUCCACAUAAGGAUAGGCCAUGAAAUCUCCUAUCUUGUUGCCUUGAGCGUCGUAGUGCAGCAUCCGGAAGCACUUGUCACAGAAGAGACACGGGUCACUCGCAGCAAACUGGUCGUUGGUUGUGAGCCACCUGGAAAGAGUCGGGGAUGGUAAACUCGUGUUCACAGUUUAAGAACACCAGAGCACUUUUUUGACCCACCUUCCGAUGUAGACGUGGCACACGGCACACUUCUGGGUGGUGACCCUGUGCUUGUGUGUGAGAAGUGGGUACAGCUUCUUGUCCAGGCAGUCGUUGGCAUGGGUCAGUCUGCAACGUGUACAAAAAGAGGGAACAUUCGUUUAGAGCCUGAGAUGUGACACAUCUGUGUCCUGUGUGAUAUUAAGAGCGGCUUUCAUGAAAACCGUAAAUCACCUUGGAUAAUUACGAUUUCUCAGAGCUAGAAAGUCUUGUGAGAGCAGUCAGAUCUUGUCUGACAACGAAGGGCUUUAUUUCAAAAGGUUGAAGUCAUAAGACAUUCAGAGAGGGUCGUGUUG